UCUCUUAAUAAAAAGGUCCAGGAGCUUCAUAACAAGCUGUCUGAAGAAUCUAAAAGAGCUGAUAAAUUAGCAUUUGAAAUGAAACGACUUGAAGAAAAACAUGAAGCUUUGGUCAAAGAAAAAGAGAGACUGAUAGUACAGUGUGAUGCAUUGAAAGAGACUAAUGAAGAGCUCCGGUAUUCACAGAUGCAACAGGAUCAUCUGAGUCGAACAGAUGCAUCUCGUAUUAAAAGUCAUGAUAAUCUUGCUGCUGAGCUUUUGCCGGUGGAAUAUAGGUAAGACAUAAAGGUUGUGUUUGCUUUAUGAUUUUUGUGGACGGGGCGUAACAUUAAUUGUCUCCAUGAAAGCUCAGUGUUUUCAGGGCCUUUUCACCCACUUCUUGAUUUGCA